AUGCGGUCCCCCAGCAGCAGCGCCAUCACCACCACCCUGGCCCUCCUCGCCAGCGGUGCCACGGCAGCCACCGUCUGCAACGGCUACUCGGAGCUCUGCGACAAGCUCUACUCCAACGUGACCUUCAUCGGCAGCCACGACUCGGCCUUUGACGGCAUCCUCCUGGUCGACAACCAGUUCGACUCGGUGUCGGACCAGCUCAGCCUGGGCGUGCGCUUCCUGCAGGCCCAGAGCCACAACGACGACGGCGUCAUCGAGCUCUGCCACACGAGCUGCGCCGAGGAGGACGCGGGCACCCUCGUCACCUGGCUCGAGACGGUCGUGACCUUUCUCGAGGCCAACCCGGACGAGGUCGUCACCCUGCUCAUCACCAACGGCGACGGCAUCGACAACUCCGUCUUUGCCGAGGCCUUUGAGACCGCCGGCGCCGAUGCGUAUGCGUACUCGCCGGGUUCUACGCUCACCCUGGAUGAGUGGCCUACGCUGGGCGAGCUGAUUGACGACGGGACGAGGCUUGUGGUGUUUAUGGAUUAUCCUUCUGGUACUUCUGUCAGCUAUAUCCUGCCCGAGUUCACCUCGUACAUCUUUGUAACCGACUCUUCUUUCCCGGAUUGCUCUGUCAACCGCCCCGCUGGUGGCAGCGCUACCGGCCGCAUGUAUCUUGUCAACCACUUCCUCGACGUCGACAUCUUCGGCAUCGACAUCCCCGACGAGACCGCCGCCUCCACCACCAACGGCGAGGCCUCUAUCAUGGCCGAGGUCAAUGAGUGCAAUGCCCUGUAUGACCGGUAUCCCAACUUUAUUCUGCUCGACUGGAUCAGCGUCGGUGACUUCCUUGAGGUCCAGAACUACCUGAACGGCGUGGGCACGCUCUAA